AAAAAACAAACAAACAAAAAACAAAAAAACAACCACCCCAAAGUUCAAGGACACACAUGGAAAAUCACAGAUCAUAUGCAAAAAAGUUGCAAAGGGAAAGUUGCAAAGAGUAGCAGAAUAAUAACUGCAGAAGUUUAAAAGUAUGGAAAAGAACAGUCACAAGAAUGCUACACAGGAAAAUACAGAGUACACAGUGCUAAAUAAAGGGCUACUUUGUACACGUUCUAUGUUUUUAUCAUUCUUCAAUUUAUAAAGUGCUUCCUGCUUAUGAAAAGCAGGUUCAUGGUAGUUGAGGGAAAGGGGUUUGCCCAUACCACCAUGACUCAUUCUCCAAUAGCACACUACAGGUUCAGGAGUUUCCAGUGGUGUGACCCACACAUGAUGCAGGGGGUUCAGGACAGUAUAUAAUCAAGGCAGAUACUGAGCACAGCCACUGACCACCUUCGAGGCUGAAGGAGCAAACCCCUCACCACAGAACCAAACCCAGGUGACACACAGAAGAAACACUCUUGAAAGAUGAUGGGCAAGGCUGUGGCUGCUGUGAUGGCUCUUCUCCUGAUCUCAAUGGCUGGAGCAAAAGGUAUGGCUCAGGCACGUUCAGCGAUUGAACUCCGAUGCCAGUGCAUAGAGACUCAUUCCAAGUUCAUCCAUCCCAAGUUCAUUCAAAAUGUGAACCUCACCCCUAGUGGACCUCACUGCAAGGACGUGGAAGUCAUAGCUACUCUGAAAGAUGGCAGAGAAGUGUGUCUGGAUCCCACUGCUCCCUGGGUGAAGCUGAUCAUCAAGGCAAUUCUGGACAAGGCAGACACCAAGAAUAAGACUGCAUCCUAAAGCAAAGAACAGAGAUGUCCUACCUCCUCCAGGAAGACAAAAGUGGGAGACACCGCCAUUCAGCUUCUGGCAGCUCAUUUCCUCCUGCCUCUUACAUUCAUACUUUCACCAUCGUCUAGAGGAUACAUCCUCCCUCUUUUUGUAGUUAAUUGACAACUGUAGUUUAAGUCUUUUAAAGAGGUGUCAUACAGGAGAAAAACCACUGAAAUUAGAAAAAGUAGGGGGGAAAAAAAAAAAAGGCUUGUGAAAGGAGAUGGAGAUUACUCUAGCCACAGCAGGAUCAAUGUGGUGCACUCUAUGCAGGUCUUUCUUUAAAUAAUGUCUUCCCUUACUGCUAAUAAUUUAGAAACUGCCCAACAACUCCUUUUCUUCAGGAACAUGCUGACAGGUAGCAUCAGCUGUACCUAGGUCACUGCUUCUUGUGUAGGCUGCAAACCAGAAAAAGGGGGCUUUCAGAGUCAGUAACCCACAAGUCUGAGCCAUCAGUUUUGGAGCCAUCAUUUUCAAGGUAUUGUUUACUGUGAAUUAUUGCUGUGAAGCUAUAAACAUAUGUUUUAAUGCCAUCUUUUGGUUACAAAAAGGGCACUUUAUUUAUUCACUUGAAUUCUAUUAAAUAUUUAUUGCAUCUCUAAUAUUAAUUAGCUUAUACUUUGUCAUAAGA